AUGACCUUCACCGAUCUCUCUGCUGUCCAGCACGGUCCUGACAGGCGCCAGUUCACCUUGAGCAACGGCUACCACCACGCUUUCCCUGGUCAGGCUCGAGAAAAACCAUUCGCUGUCACUGUUCUGUUCUCAGCAAUCAUCGUUGUGGCUAUAUCCGCAGUCGUCUUUGCUGGUGAGCUGCCGCGCCAGCUGGAGCUCCUCCUCGAACGGCUCCUGGACUUUAUCCUCCACUUCAUCCCCGCCUGGCUGCUUUUCGCCAUUGACCGAUGGGCCAACCCCCCAUCCGACGAAGACGCGAUGCGCAAGCCGCUAUUGCCUGCUUCUACGCAUGUUGCAAAGCGUGAAGCCAUGUGGCGGCUCCUUGGUCUAGACAAGGGCAGAGGCUUGCUCCAGCCCGUUACCCAGUCUUUCCAGCUCUUCCACAGGCCUCCCGACCCCAAUGCACCACCACCGGGCCUUGUCAACAUGGACAACUCAUGCUUCCAAAACAGCAUUCUCCAGGCACUUGCGUCCCUCGAGCCGCUGCAUAAGUACAUAUCCGACGUAGCAGAUGAGACAAAGACCAGAAGGGUGCCCCCUCCAAAGACUGUCCUGUCCCUCCACCAGCUCAUGUCCGACCUCACCAAUCCGGACAAGAAUGGCAACACAUUCUGGGCCCCGGGUCCGCUGAAGAACAUGAACACAUGGCAACAACAAGAUGCUCAGGAGUACUACUCGCGGUUGCUUGACGAGGUAGAAAAGGAGGUUGUGAAGACUGGCUUUGGUCGUCGCAAGGAUUCAGCAAGCCUAACGCCCAGUCCUCGUCGCGGCAGCUCUCCCAUAAGCCAAGGUAGCGACCAAGACAGCGGCUAUUUCAGUGCGUCUAGCCUCUCGACUUGCGACUGGGAGGCUGGAGCACGGAUGCCUCUUGAGGGCUACAUUGCCCAGCGCGUAGCUUGUGUUCAGUGUGGCUACUGCGAAGGCUUGAGUAUAACUCCCUUCAACUUCUUGACGCUCUCUCUCGAAGAUUUCUUGGAGCACGAUGUAAGGGAGAGACUAGAUCACUACACGAAGAUUGAGGAGAUUGAGGGUGUCGAGUGCGUCAAAUGUACGCUUCUCGCUCUGCGUGACAACAUCAAGAGCAUGCAAGAGCGGACUCCGAGCCUUCCAGGGCUGAGCGAGCGGCUCCAGACCGUGGAGGAUGUUCUUGAGCAGGAGACAUUUGACGAUGAGGCAAUCAAGCGGUGUAAGAUUCCGCCAAAGAAACGAGUCACCACGACAAAAACAAAGCAGAUGGCGAUCGCCAGGGCGCCCCAGUGUCUAGUGCUGCAUAUGAACCGCUCGGUAUUUGACGAGCGCACAGGACGGCUUCUCAAGAACCUGGCCCGGGUACACUUUCCCAAGCUUUUGGACCUUGGGCCCUGGUGUUUGGGCAGCAUUGGUCCCCACACAAUGCUGAAGAAGGGCGCUCCAGCUGAACAGGACGAAGAACAAUGGCCCCUGGGCCCCACAGAGACUAUGGUUGCUGGAGGGGCUCCAGGAAAGUCUAGGAUACAGGGUCCUUUGUACGAGCUUCGUGCGGUCGUUGCGCACCACGGCAACCAUAAUAACGGUCACUAUGUUUGCUUCCGGCAACACCCCAUAGCACCGAAGCCGAAAGGCAACGGGGUCGAAAAGGGGGAAACACCCAUGACGUCUGCUCCUGAUGAAGCAGACCAAGAUGAUGACGACUACCCGAAGCUGGACGGAGUUAAGGAGAUGUUCGACGGUGAAACCCUUUCCCUACCCUCAGAGGAACAAGAGCCCAGUAAUGAACCAGAACCCCAAUGGUGGCGCUUUAGCGACGAAGAUGUCCGGCCUGUGAGCGAGAAAAUGGUGCUCGACGGCAGCAAUGUCUUCAUGCUAUUCUACGACUGCAUUGAUGCUAGGUCGGUUGUGAAGCCACCAUUGUCAGUGAUCUCGACGACGGACGACGAUGUGGUUUCGACCCCCUCUCUCUCAGAAGGCGAGACGCUAGAUUUGACCAACACGCCCACGAGCAGCGCUGCCAGCAGCAGCACCGAGAUGCCGCCGCACAACGCUGCUUCUACUCCAGCUACUAGCUUCAUUUCAGCAACUACGUCGGACGAGUUAUUAGACGCUGCGAAUCAGCUGGAUUUAGACAAUCCAGUGGUACGAGCGCUAUUGCUCAACAAGGCGCGAGAAUUUAGUUUAGGCGAGUCGGCAAAUGGGGAAUACCCAGAUCCGUAG